AAAAUUAGCGACAAAUUAAUACCAAUAUUUAAUGUGAUUAAGGAAGAAGAAUAUUAAGCAAACCAUUAACUCCAAUAAUUCACAAGACAAGUGUCUUCUAGCUAGAGUCCACACCUUCCAACUAAGCUCUUUCCAAAAAACUUAUCUUAAUUUACUUUCUUUAUGUCGUUCAAAUAAAGAACAGUUCUUUCAUCAAGAAAGGUAAAACAUAACAAAAAAAUAAAACAUGAACACAAACGAUCAUGGCCUUCCCCUCUUGAGCUUAUUCUUCAUCUUUUCUCUUCUUUACUUCCCUUACUUGACCAUAUCCGAGACGCCGUGUCCGUACCCUUGUUAUCCGACGCCACCUAUUGGUGGUGGCUCAUCCACACCCUCCGUAACUCAACCACCACCAUAUCCUCCUCCAGCCGUUAACUACCCUUCUCCAGCUGGGAAUUUACCAAAUUACCCUCCUCCGGCCGGGAAUAUACCAAACUACCCUUCACCACCUUACGGUGGCGGAGACGGUAGUGGCAGCAGCUUCUAUGGUCCUCCACCGCCAGACGCUAUCUUGCCGUACUUCCCUUACUACUUCAGAAAACCUCCUCACCAAACGGACCAAACGUCGUCCUCUUCACUCUUGGCGGUUCCAGGGAAAUUGACGGUGAGGGUGGUAGCCGUGGUAACUUUUCAGUUGGUUGGAGUGCUCGGUAACAUUUUGUUUAUAACUUAGUUCGUAUGUAAUUCUUGUGAAAGUAUUUUUAUAUGUUUUGUGUAAGAAAUAUUGUAAUACUUUAGGAUAUACUACUCCGAAAGAAAAAGAAAUGUUGAUUUAGGAGGGCUAAGAAAUUUAUCCAUAGUACAAUAUUUCUUUUA